UGGUGUGUAUGUCGCGUUGAAUUUAAACGAUUCUUCUUGGUGGAUGUACGUUAACUGUCGCGCGUAAAUUUUCUUCCGUUUCUAGAUUCGUUGUCUCGAUAUUCGUUCCGUUUCGAGAAAACACACACACGCACACACACACAGUUUGUUGGCAUAUUUUUGUACCGUAAUGUCGUGACAAGUGAUGCGCGAGUGCAACUCGAAGACAUUUUUCGAUAGGUAUCGAGAAUUUUCAAUGUUUUUCGAGUAAGGUAAUUUGCAGGAACACGUGUGCUCGAAAUUGUUGCCGAUUCGUUGGAGAAUCGAAUCAAGUUGAAGGAAAGUUUAUUGAAAAGAAUGAGUUUCGGAGGUGAUUAAAUGGUUAAACAGUUUGUCGGUUUCGACGUAAAAGACGUAGUAGCACGGCAGACGCGAUCCAUUCGAAAUCCCCGAGUAAACAUACAGUGUCGCGUCCAGGACAAAGUGGUUUGUGUUUGACGACAAAUAUCGAGUGGUUUGGUCAAGCUUGCUUAUACGCUCGCAAGAGUUGUGUCCCCUUCGUAGCUAGCACGUUAUCAGGCGUUUGUCUUUUGACAUUAACAGCGCCAAGAUCGGACUUGCUAUCGUGGGAAUGCGAUUUCCAUCUUGAGGAAAUCCGAUGAUGGCGGUUCUCGGAUUUAAAAAAGAGGCAUUUUGAAAGACAAGUUUUCCCCGUAAACUAGUUUUUCGAUGAAAUCUCCAAAGAUGACAACACCGGUGGAGCGUGGUCUGAUCGUUGUAUCGGUCUUGCUUACCAUUUGCCAGGCCAAUGAAUUAAAGGACUACUGUUCGAUGCAUAAAUUUGACAACUUGCCAGGCGGUUUAAGGUUCACGAAGGAAGUCGUGACGACAGAAUAUGCAAACAUCGGAACAUUCAAAGCCCUUCAUUGCUGUCUACGGGGCUAUAGAAGCAUCGAAUGGUACAAGGACAACAGGGCUUAUCCUUGGCCAGGUGGCGAGAGCCACUUCAUUCUGUACCCAGAGAGCGCGAACCAGACGAUAUACGCGCAAAAGGUGCGAGCCUCGGACGCGGGACGAUAUUCCUGUCGAGCCAGGAACGACACGACCAUCCUGGAAGGAGACAUCACGCUCGCCGUAUUCGGGGAGAAAUCCGGCGGAUACACGGGAAAGCCUCUACCGACGUACAGGCCAGCCUCGCAAUUGGUACCUCUGGGAGGAGCGGCGAGAUUGUUUUGCGAAGCUUAUCUGGGAAAAGUCGAGCUUCCGGAUGCGAAAAAUUCGGUGACCUGGUCCAAGAGCGACAGCAACGUGACGCUUCCGAAUCACGGACGGAUCGCUCAACACAGGGUAUCCAGGGAAAACAAUCAGAUCAUCGGCUCUUAUUUGGAGAUCGAGGACAUAACUUUGGAAGAUUACGGGGAGUACAAAUGCGAAGUUAGCAACGGCGUGGACGAGGAGAUCACGUUACCUGCUCACGUUUACCGACAAGAACCACAGUUCGCGUUAGGACUUCAAAACGGAUCCUGGAGAAAAUCGUUCCUGCUCGGCGUGCUGGUGCUGGUUCUCCUGAUCUCGGCCGGCGCCUUUUACGCCCGUUGCUGGCUACCCUUGGUGCUACUAUGCCGCGACAAAUUCGCCCCGCUCGAACAGAAUGAUGGGAAGGAAUGCGACGCGCUGGUCUGCUACCACGAAAAGGACUCGAAUCUGGCGAUCGGUAUAACGAUACCAACCCUGGAGACGAGGCAUCGGUACAAGUGCACGCCGCUCGAGCUCUCCCAUCUCAAUCAAAAUUGGAGCUUGGAGAUCGGUCCGCACGCUGCUACGAGCCGUAGAAUCAUCGUCGUCCUAAGUCCCGCUUCCCUGGGAAACGUUUGGAACGAGACGAGCGUCGGGGCGAUUCUGAAACAACUGUCGUCGCUCGCAACGCGAACGAUAGUGAUCGUCACGAAAGAUAUACCGGACGUGACGACGAUCGCGAAGCGAUCGACUCGAGGUUGCGAGACCGGUGAUCUUUCCUUGGAUCGUUUGAAGAUCUUGAACUGGGAGGAAUGCGGCGGUGGGACCGGGAUUGGGAGCGGGAUCGGGAUCGGGAUCGGGACCGGGACCGGCACCACCACCGGCACCACCACCGGCACCACCAUCGGCACCACCAUCGGCACCACCACCGGCACCACCACCGGCACCGGCACCGGCACCGCCACCGUCCUCGGUGGUUCGAAUAACCAAAAGUUCUGGUAUCAGCUUCGAUUGGCGAUGCCGCCUGUUCGACCGAUCGGUAACCAAACCGGCUGCCAGUCGGUGGCUAUGAUCGUCCAAGCAAACGGAAAAUGCGGACAGCAAAAGGCUCGAUCGCGCGAGAGUCUCGAGGUGCUCGUUUAAACUCACGAAAGAUCCGAGUAACGAUCGGUUCGUUCGGUACCUGCGGUUUUAAAUUUAUUAGGAUACGAUCAAACUACUCGGAAAGGCAAGGAUCUCGUUCGAAAAGUUCAACUUUCUGGUCCGUUGAUGUAUCUCUGACUUUCAGCAACCGAUAUAUGUAUAUGUGUGUAUCGCAAACCGACCGUCUAAGCUGUGCUAUUCCAACGUCCGUAGAAAGUGGAGACUCGGAGUGCGAUUCGAACCGUCGCGCGUCGUAUCGUCGCAACCGUUCGAACCUAGAAACUCUAUUUCCGAAUUAUGGUCGAAGAACGCUGCGUUUGCGACCUCAAGCACUUUUCUUUCGCUUAGUUACCUGCUUCAAAUCGACAAGCGUUCCUUCGAUCCUUACAAUUUCACGAAUACCAAUCAAUCGUUCUACUUGAAUUGCACAACUUUGCGAGAUAAAGGGAGGGAAGGACCGAUUUUUUUUAUUAAAUAUAGAGCUAUGCCUACUUUAUCGAGAAACUCAAAUCUUUUAAAGUUUUCUUUUUAUUUCGUUCGUUCGGUUUUUAAACGCGUCCCUCCUCCGACCAAUUUAUCACUUAUCUAACUCCAACCACGACCAAAGCAAUGGUUUAUUUAAACAUUGACGAACCGCCACUGUGCGACGAAAUACGUCUUAAUACUUGUAGUAUAAACCGCUUUCUCGUCGAAUCUGAUACACGUGGCUCCACGACAACGACCGGCUUCAAGUUUCCUACCUCGAAACUAUAACUAUUACUUUACCGGGGACAAUUGCUAACGAUUCGACCAACUCCGCGAUACAAAUUACUUUUUCGAUGUCCUGUGUUUGCAAUUUCGUCAAAGUUGGUGCCAACGAUUAAAUAACCUUUGUUCGGAAUGAACGUCGACUUUUUAGACGAUCCAUAGAGACUCUCUCGGUAGUGAUAAAUCCUCUGCGAAUUUAUUUUCUCCGCGCACACGACGGUUUCUAUCGAACAAGAACAUACUACCAGUUCCUAUACUCGAUAGUUUCUCCAUAAAUUUUUAUUUGUUAAAAUGCAAAUCGAUCGAGAAUUGUCCAAAGGUUUGAAAAAAUAUGACUCUUUGUUCGUAUGUAAAGAAAUAGUGUAUCAGGGAUAAUGUUCUUUUCUACCAGCGUUCUUCGUUUUCGAUCAAAAAUACAUGAAUUUUUUUUUAAAGGUUCGUUGGAUGCGCGUGUUUCUCAGUUCCUACAUAAAAUCAGUCUAUACGGCGCGUUCGUGUAUCGUGCAACGACGAUCUAUUACAGAGUUAGGGAAAUGCUGCUGCUGCUGCUGCUGCUGCUGCUGCUGCUGCUGCUGUUUUGUUCGAAAGAGAGCAGCUCCGGACAGAAUUGUUUCGAAGCGAGGUCCGAUGAGGAGAAAUUAAAGCGAAUCUCAUAUUGUUCGUAUUGCGUAAUCGCUCAUUGCGUGGGCUACUUUUCUCUGUUUGUAUAUAUUGCAUACGUAUCGGUGCUCCCUUAUUUAUUUAGUUAGCUAUAUUUUAUUUAUAACCGUUUACAUUGGCCGGUUUUCGAAAUGAAUUCGAAAAUGCACCAACGAUACGCGUUUACUUUACCGGGCACACUUUUCUAAGCAGACUUUACGCGCAAAAUCGUUCUUCUCGAUGUAUGCUCGCCGCGAGAUUAUCGAAUAUACAUUUGUAAGGUAUUUUAUACUGUUUUGUACAUACAUGUACAAGGGGAAAAGGAUACAUACAUACAUACAUACAUACAUGCAUACACACAGACACGCUAUACAUAUAAUUACACACGCGCGUGUGUGUAUAUGUAUACGACGACAGUUUUUAUACUGUUUUAAGAAUUAUCAUUGCAUCGAGCGAAUACGAAAGACUUAGAAAAUUGUAUUUGCGAACCUAACGGAAACAAUAAUUCUCUAACCCUAUUCCCAGACUAAUUAUAUUCCCUAUAACUAUACGGGGUGAUCCAUUUUAUUCUAUAAAUAAAUUCAUCUUGGACGAUGGAGCCGUUUAUAAAAAGGUUUAAAAAAUGUUCGAGUAAACUCGAAACGAUCAUGGCGCUUCCACCUAUUUUAUUAAUAUUAUGCACAUGUAUAUGUUCCCGUCGUUAUCUUUCACCAUCCGUGGUUUCGACGUUUCUUCCCGUAUAAGUUCGUUUGUACAUUAAAAUGGAACAUCCUUCAGCCACGUUCCCAUGUACAUAUAUAUAGUGCGCGGGGGAUGGGGGCACAGGAGAUGCGUGAGAAUGUGGAUUUAUACGUAUUAUAUCGUAGCUGUUAAUCGCGUAAUUGUACUUUAGGUGUCCACGGACAGAUUCGCGAAGCGAGCUUAAUUUUAAUGUCGCAUAGUAAUCUCUUUACUGUCAGUAUUACAAUACACUAGUGUACUUGACUCGCGAGGACACGCUUGGACGAUCCGCGUCGCGAGCAAUCGUUGCGAGCAAUCGUUGCGAGCAAUCGUUGCGAGCCGAGUAAGCAGAGUAUAGACAUAGCGUGUUCGUUUAGCUAUAGAACCAGUACCGCGAGCCAAAAUCGCGCCGUUAAGACAAAGCCGCGUUUUUAUUUUACACUUUGUACGGCUGCGCGCGUUCUUAGGAUUUCCUAACGGACGAAACAGAAGUAGGUACGUAAAAGUACAAGAUUUCAAGCAUGGAACGCACGAUACGGAACACGCUCGAGACGUGUUUUCGCUGCGAAUCAGUUCUAGCUCUGAGAAAUCUGACUGACGCGUACGAGUGCGUGGGUGGGCUGUCGCGUGUAUCGGCCGUCAACCAAAAUCAGAGACAACAUUCAAAUAUAAUCGUUACCUUUUUAAAUAUUCCUUUUGGUUACGACCAACCAAACUAUCAAUAACAAGUAUAAUUAACGGAAAUAGUUUUUUAUAACGAGCAAACCGUUAUUGAUUACCAGAAUUUUAUAUUAGUUACAAACAACCAUAUUCGACGAUUAAAAUUUUAUUUUUUAUCUACAGACAGUUAUUGUCUUCCAUUGUCGUGUGCUAGUCGAGGAAUACAGCUGGAGCCGGCCUACUCUGCUGUACCGAGUGAGGCUAUGUGCCUAUCCCAGCGGUGUUGAGUGCAUUUUCACCACUGCCAAGUUACACGACCUGAAACUACUAACCACCGAGCCUUGAUCACUCCAAGCCCAUUACUGCACUCUAAGGACUUUUAUUCUAGAGUCUUAUCUCACCCUGGAAGCAUGGAUUCCUGUCCCACGACUGUACUCUCGAUCCAUAUUUGCUUAGCCAGAGCCUCGUUAGCCGGCAACGCCGUUGCCCAGCGUCCACCGCGUGGAGGUGAGGUUGGCUCA